AUGGCUCUCAAGCGCAUUAACAAGGAACUCACUGACCUCGGCCGGGACCCGCCCUCUUCCUGCUCCGCUGGUCCUGUCGGCGAUGACCUGUUCCACUGGCAAGCAACGAUCAUGGGUCCUGGUGACUCCCCAUACUCAGGCGGUGUCUUCUUCCUGUCCAUUCACUUCCCUACCGACUACCCCUUCAAGCCUCCCAAGGUCAACUUCACCACUCGCAUCUACCACCCCAACAUCAACUCGAACGGCAGCAUCUGUCUGGACAUCCUGAGGGACCAAUGGAGCCCCGCACUCACCAUUUCCAAGGUGUUGCUCUCCAUCUGCUCGAUGCUCACAGACCCCAACCCGGAUGACCCUCUCGUCCCCGAAAUCGCGCACGUCUAUAAGACCGACCGCCAACGAUACGAGGCGACAGCUCGCGAAUGGACCCGCAAGUACGCUAUUUGA